AUGAGCGUGAAUGAUAUGUUGGAUAAGAUUGCGAUGGUGAUGUCGGGCCAGACAAGUGAGCACUUCUUCACCAAGGGUACAAAAUCGGCUGAGGUGAAUAUGGCGCCCGGAUAUGACAGACAUGGGAAGCCCUCGUCAGUUACAAAUCCUGCAAGUCUAGAUGGGCCCAUCACUAUUAUACAUAUCGAUGGGAGAAUGCUUGAAGGCGGUGGACAGCUGGUCCGCAAUGUUGUUGCUCUGUCCGCUCUGACUGGUCUUCCGAUAACCAUCGACAACAUUCGGGGUAAUCGCCAAGGAAAGACGGGAUUGAAGGGUUCACAUGCGGCUGCAAUAGGGUUCAUUGCAGGUAUAUGUCAGGGAGAAGUGGUGGACGGACAUGUCGGUUCUCAGAGGAUGACAUUCUAUCCUCGAAAAAGGGAGUUUUACCACAGCCAUGAUCGGUCUGAACCGAACCAAAUCUCACCUGCGCCGCAACAAACGAAGCUGUUUAACAGCGACGUGCCACCGAUAAAGCCAGAGUACAAAAUUCAUCAACAUACGGCAGGUUCCAUUUCGUUGGUAUUCCAGGCACUAUACCCAUAUCUAGUUUAUGCUAGCAGCCUGUCAUCGAUGGAUACCAAAGAGCCUGUAAGAGUGCACAUCACGGGCGGAACAAACGUCACAUUUUCUCCUUCUUUUGACUACAUAAACCAAGUUCUAGUACCUAAUCUACGAACUUUGGGACUGCCAAAAUUGAAUGUCAGACUACACAAACGUGGCUGGUCGACAGGACCAAAAGAUCUUGGUUCUGUGACAUUUGACGUUUAUCCGCUAGAACCCCUGGAAAGCCACUGGUUUCCGAUUCUCAAACUGCAUGAAUACAGAAGAACAGAGGUGACAUGGGUAAACAUCACGAUUCUAGCCCCUGACAUCAAUAUUCAGGACCGAGAAGCACACGGGAGUCGUCAUGAUAGACGGAAAAUAAAGCAUGAGAAACACCAUACCUACGACAGUGACAUGUACUCGCAUUGGACGAUUCGGGAGUACCUUGAAGACCAAUGCGAAAAGUCCUUACGUAAGGCUUUGAAGGGCUUAAACAAUAAACGACCUUCUGGAGACGGAGACGAGAGCACUUCCGAACCCACAAUCCAAAGACAUCUUUCAGAAGCCACGCAUCACCAUACACAUAUCUACAUCUUGCUUGUAGCACACAUGUCAAACGGCCUUAUUCUCGGAACCGAUGCACUUUUCGACGGAUACGAGAAGCGCGACAGCCGCAAAAACAGAAAUCGCGAUAACAGCGAUAAUACGAUUGCAACCCUAGACAAUUUAGUGGACAGCUGCGUUGGUCGUCUCGUCGAAGAAUUAGAUGGGUCGAAGAGAGAUGAUGGUAACGGGAACGCGGGCUAUCAUCCGGUUGUCGACGUUCAUAUGCGUGAUCAACUGGUCAUUUUUGAAGCUUUAGGGUUGGUGAACAGGUCAGUGGAGCGGAAUGAAAGCAGUGUAGGGAGUGAUGUUGAGGACCAACGAUAUUGGAGUCUGCAUACUCGGACUGCGCGAUGGGUGUGUGAGCAGAUCCUAGGGCAGGAUAUCUGGAACGCCUAGAAUAUCUUUAAUGUCUACAGAAUCGUAAGUUUCAUAAGAUGAC